ACCUGUGUCACAAUACUCGUGGCCUUCUUCUCCUUCUACCUUUCCGAGAUGGAAUACGGGAGCAACGGCAUCCGCACGACAAGCGUUGCUGCUUUGGCACUGACGAGGUAUGUGGGCCCCGUCCUGUGCUCCCCAGAGGCACUGCAGAACUUCUGGAAGGUCUUGGAGUUUGUGGUUAGUGCUCUCAUCUUCUUCAUCGCCGGCAUGAUCACCCACAGAGCCAGCCUCUCCGCAAACGUCUCGCUGAUGGACUGCGGCUAUUGCGUGGCGCUCUUCAUUCUCACCAUGCUGAUUCGCGCGGCCGUGGUUCUAGGCUCCUACCCCUUUCUGCGCCAGAUGGGUGUAGGCCUGAAGCCACGCGAGUUUGUCUUCGUGAUUCUCGGCGGAGUUCGCGGGGCCAUUUCCCUGGCCUUCGCCAUGUCGGCACGCUCGGCGAUGAUAGCCGCGGACGAGCGGCCUGUCGGUGACCGCGUGGUCUUCCUGGUUGCAGGGCUGUCCUUCUUGAGCAUGGUGGUGAACACCGCCGCGACGAAAAUUUUCGUGCGCUUGGCGGGAGUUGAGAGCUCUGCUUCGAGCGACAGCAAGCAGGAGUACCUCGACUACGUAUCCGCCCGAGUCUCUAAGUACGCCAGGCAGCAGUACAAGGAAAUCUGCUCCAACAUGAGGGUGAACGCCGUUGAAGCGCUGGAUACGCUUCCGGCCCUCCAGGAUCUGAAAGGCACCCAAGAGGCUUAUCCCUUCGGCACGGAGGCCCCGCCUGCUCUCUGGACUCGAGCCGUGUCGCCCGAAGGGAAGUAUUGGGACCUGAUGGAGCUGCCUGUUGAGCUCCGGGAUUGGCAACUGCUUGAGGAGGCGCUGAAGUCGAAGGGCGCCCUGGAAAAGAUGCUUGCAUCUCUGCAAUCUGUUGCGCCUACCUGGUGCACUUGGAUCCACGACAUGCAUUUCCGCUGGGUGCUCCAGUACGAGCUCGAUAUGUAUGUCGCCGUGGUAUCCUUCCUUGCGGCGCAUCAGCAUGCGCAGCAAUCUGUGGCUGACUUGCUGGGUGAUGAGGCCGGUUCGUCCGCGUACCUGACGCUGCUGUUGGAGUCCACGCGCCAAAUGGGCGCUGCCCAGCGAAGUGUGGCUUUGAUUGCUCGUGAGGACAUCGACAUCUUCAAUGGCUCCAUCGUGAGUGAUUUGAUCCUCAAGCGUGUGGCAGAGUUCAUAUACCAGCUCCUCGAGUAG